GUUAACGGCCGGCGGAGGCGUUUCCUUUGGGCGAGCCGAUGUUUUCGCAUAGAGGGAGGAGAUCCCUCCUCCUUCUUCGGCCGGGAACCGCCGAAAUGAUCCAUUUUUGCCAUGAGUAGAGAUCUAAUAAGGUGGCUGGACCAAUAUUCACCAUGGCAUCAGAACUUUGUAAGACGAUAUCAGAGGCAAAACUAGAAAGGCACAAGAAUUUAUUCUUGAACUAUCGAAAUCUUCAUCAUUUUCCUUUAGAGUUGCUGAAGGAUGAAGGUCUGCAGUACUUGGAAAGAUUAUAUAUGAAAAGAAAUUCCUUAACUACCUUGCCAGAAAACCUUGCUCAGAAACUUCCAAAUCUUGUAGAACUAUAUCUGCAUUCAAAUAAUAUUGUUAUUGUUCCUGAAGCAAUUGGUUCAUUGGUUAAACUGCAGUUUCUGGACUUGAGUGACAAUGCCCUUGAAAUUGUAUGCCCAGAGAUUGGGCGUUUGCGAUCUCUACGCCAUCUUCGAUUAGCUAAUAAUCAGCUAAAAUUUUUGCCAGCAGAGCUUGGAGACCUUAAAGAGCUGCAGACACUGGACAUCUCAACCAAUCACUUGAUAACCUUGCCUGAAAAGCUGCACAUGUGCCUCUCUCUUCAGUACCUCACUGCUGACCAGAAUCAUCUCUGGUACGUCCCUCGCCAUCUUUGCCAGCUUCCCAGCCUCAAUGAGUUGUCCAUGGCGGGAAACCAGCUUGCCUUCUUGCCUCUCGAUUUAGGUCGUUCCCGGGAACUGCAAUAUGUUUAUGUGGAUAAUAACGCUCACCUUAAAGGUCUCCCUUCUUACCUUUAUAACAAAGUCAUUGGUUGUAAUGGCUGUGGUUCUCCCGUUCAGAAAACAGAGGUGCAGCUUCUUUCCUUUUCAUCAGGACAGUUGACGGUAUUCCUUCCAGCAGAGGUGAAGUUAAUAGGGACGCAAUUGGACCCUGUGCUCCCCUUGCAGGAGGCGGCCAUGAGGACCCUGUAUAACACCUACUGCCAGUCUCUAAAAGAUUUGAAGUUCAUGACUCCGAUCUCAUUACCCAGAAGCCUCCUGGAUUUGCUGCACUGCCCUCUGGGACACUGUCACCGUUGCAGUCAGCCCAUGUUCACGAUUGUCUACCCAAAGCUCUUCCCCUUGAGAGAGACACCGAUGGCUGGAUUACAUCAGGGGAGAACAAGAGUCAGUUUUGUAGCAUAUUGCUGCUCCACCCAAUGUCUGCAGACCUUUGACCUACUGAGCUGAGAAAUACCUAAAGCUAUUCAGGAGCGGUGCCAGCUUCAAAGCAGCAUUAGACUGUGGCUCCUGAUCGGACCAGAAUAUGUGAGUGUAUGUGCCAAAGCAGCGGGAGGCAUCUCCUGGCUGGGAAGGAAGAAACCACUUCAAGCCCUCGCUCCUAUCAAAUCUGGACAAAAGGCAGAAAGCAUUCGUGAUUGUCCAGCUUCAGAAAAUAUUUAACACCUUCCUCUUCCUCCCCAGGCAGAAAGAAGAUCAAGCAAGCCAACAAGGGAGCGGAGACCCUGCCCAGACCCUUUGAAAACUUGUACAUGUGACUCAGAUUGCAUUUUAAUACUUCACUUGGGCUGCAUGGGCAAUAUCAGUUAGUGUAGGUUUUUUAAUGAUACCUUUGCAAGUCCUUGUAACUUUUUCAAUUAUUUCCCUGCUUGGUUUCCUGUUACUGCUCUCUUGAGAAGCAACCGUUUCAGAUAACCAUUUAUUCAUGCUAGCGAGGUUUUUCCCUACUUUCCAUUAAGGGCCUAAUGCAUUUUCUUUCUCUCUCCCCCCUUCCCCUCCCUCAUCUGAUGUUUUGAUAGUGACUUAAAGAUGUACUGGCAGGAAAAAAAAUGCUUGUUUUGAACCUAAUUUGAUACAGUUGGGUAGGUAAAAGUAAAUGUUUUCAGGUAUUUUUCAUAGGUGGUUGAAGUCCCGAAGAAAGCAGCAUUGGCAGCCACAGAAAGUAGAUUCCCCCUUUGUCGGUGACUCUUUAUAAGACAUUUUCCACCUUUCAUAUUGCAGAAGUUAAUGAGGUAUUUUUUAAAUGCCAGUAGGCUUAGAACAAGUUACAUGUUGUCUUUGGCCUCACCUCCAUACUUUAAAAUAUAAACAGUUUGGUGAAUACAGUAUUAUUAAUAUUUUAAUGUAAGCCCAGGGCAGUGAUGGCGAGCCUUUUCGGCAUUGAGUGCCCAAACUGGAACACAUGUGUAUGCACAUCCAUAUGCUCACACUGGAGCGCCGGAAACCUGAAGACAAGCUGGGUGGUGUGUGCAUGCCUGGUUUUGGGGCAUUUUCAGGCUGUUUUCAGGCCGUUUUUUGGGCAAUUUUCUGGUGCUCCAGUGCCCACAAAGACCAGCAUGCCAGAAUCCAGAACAGCAGCUGGCAAUGGCACGCAUGCCCACAGAGAGGGCUCUGCGUGCCACACAGACCUAGAGUCUCCAUGCAUGUUGAACUCCAUCACCUUCCAGUCAUACCCAUUGCCUUUGGGGGCUCUGCAUGGUGGGAGUUGUAGUCCAAGAGAGCACUGCAUUGCAGAAGUUUGGUAUUGUGUGCUCUUUGGAGCCCCUGUUUCAAUAACUUUUAUUUUUCCCGUCUAAAUGGUCUAAAAUCGGAAAAGCUGCAAAAAGGUUUGAAGCAAACUCAUUUUUCCUACAUUAUUAUGGUGGCAUUUUAAGUUAUUCUCAGUAAUUUGCCAACAUUAUUUCUGCUCUGGGGACUGCUUCUUAUAAAACAGCUCAGAAAUCUACCGUUUAAAACUUUUUUUGGGGGGGGAGGGAGGGAAGCAUAAGAAGCUCAACUCCUAAAGGGUUUACAAAUAUUUUUCAAAACAUUUGUUGCUCACAUCCUUAUCAGCAGCAGUCGCUUGUAAGUUUGACCGGUUGAAUUCUUCAUUUGUUAAUAGCUCGUAAUUUUAAACGUUCUUUUUUUGUUUUGAAGUGGCAUGGUGGAGAAAGUUAACAACAAUAUCAGCUGAAUGGCAACGGUUAAUGAGAGAACAUACGUGUUUUUGAUGCCCAAAAGAAAUAGCCCAUUACUUUUAUGCUUUCACCUUUUCAAGCUGUCUUGAAGCAUUUCAGCGCCGUGAAAUUCAGGCUAAAAAGCGCACAUUAUGAACAAUUGGCUGAUAGAAUUCUGAACAGUACAGCUACAAAGUCUUCGAGACAGAGCAUACCUGUGCCACAUAAAGCAGUAUUUAAACAUACCAGCUAAAGAGAAACAUGAAUCCUUUCAGCUGUAUUUUGUAAAGUACAGUAAAAAAAAAAUAAAAAAAAUUCUGCCUGCACUUUGAAAUGGGUACCGUUCAAAAUUCAAUCAUCUCUGUCAGUUACGAGUCAAGUUCUUGUUCUAGCUACUCCCAAGGGGAGCCUUAAGAAUUUGAUCAGUCUCUUCAGAUGUCAUCCAUAUUUCUGAAGACAGGAAAAGCAUAAUAAUAGUGUGAAACUUGGCUGUCUCGCCUUUUUGUAACCUUCUGCUCUCCUAGAAGUGGGCACGGUCUGGGCAUAUCAAAGUAAGUAGCCAAACUUUCCCAAUCCAGGUGCCGCCCAAAGUGAAGGAACUGGAAGAGUAAAAUUCUCAUAUCUGAAAGAUUCCCAGGCUGGGGGUUUCUGAAAUAUGAAACAAACAGCUUGUAUAAUCAUCCCCAUGUCAUCCUUCCUUUCAUUUUGUUCUUUUAACCGAGUCAGUGCAUCGUCGUUUCUGGGCCCACAGUUCUUGCUCUCCUUUUGGGGAGGAAAUGGGAGGGCUGAGAUUGCUGUUCUACCAUUCCGGCCUGGGUCAUCAUAUCACCAAAUGCAUCAUGUAGCUUUAAGGUUUCAUCCCACCCCCCUCCACCCCACAAAUCCAUCCAUCUCUGCAUUCCUAAUUUUAAAGAUAAAGUAGCCCAAAUGUUUAGUUUGGCUGCCAUCACAGCUCUCUGUAAUUGCGGCCUUCCCAGAAUAAAACCAAACCGAUCAUCCA